AUGGCUGCCAACACUGUUCCCACCCCCACUGUGUGGCCAGGGGAGCAACAACCAUCAUUACUGGACCAGGAGGCCUGUCUGUCAAGCCAGCCCUCAGUCUCUGUGCAAUGCCCGGUCAUCAGAGAAGAACACCUCAUCGGUGGUACCGGUCAACCUGAUUCCAGGCCUUGCCGCAGCAAAUCCAAGGGAGAACUGGUCAUCGUCAUCAACGAGAAACUGGAAAACAGUAAUGGAAUCCACCCCGCCGCUGCAGAGACAAACUCCCCUGUAAUCUCCUCUCCUCCCAGAAGGCAGCACUCCAUCUCUUACUCCCACCACCCCCAUCACGGAAAGACACGCAAGGGCAGCCGGGCUAGUUCCAUCGGGUACACCGCCUUCUCCCCGAGACCUUCACUGUCCCGUCACUCCAGCAUCGCCACCAACCCCCCACUGGACCGGACCAAGGUCAAAGACUACCUCUUCCUCGCCGUCCUCGCUUGCUUCUGCCCCGUGUGGCCGAUAAACAUUGUGGGAUUCGUUUACUCUGUUAUGUCCAAGAACAGUCUGGAACAGGGGAACCUGGAUGGCGCUGUGCGUCUGGGCCGUGUGGCCAAGCUGCUCUCCGUGGUCUCUCUGGUGGGCGGCACCCUCAUCAUCAUCGCCUGCAUCGUCAACCUGGCCAGCAUCCUCUCACUGUAACGCCGUGCAUUUGGACCCAAUAGCAGAGAAGGGACAGUUGAGGCAAGUGAAAC